AAGCCGUCGUUCUUACCCAAAAAAAAAAGUCGUCGAUUCAUAGAGAGAAAGAAAGAGUGUAGCGAUUCUAGCCAACCAUGACUGAGUAUGCACAAGAGCAGGAGAUGGAAAUUGAAGCAUUGGAAGCUAUAGUUAUGGACGAGUUCAAAGAAAUCCAUUCCUCUGAGAGUGGUUUAAAUACCUCAUCUCGCUGUUUCCAGAUAACGAUCACUCCACAGGAUGAUGACAUAGACCAGUCAACAACUACCCCAGUUCAGCUAGGCCUAAUUUUCGCCCACACAGAAAAAUAUCCAGAUGAACCGCCACUUUUGAAUGUGACAAGCAUAAAAGGUGUACAGCCAAGUGAUCUUAAGAAGUUAAAAGAAAAGCUUGUACAAGAGGCAUAUGAAAAUCUAGGUAUGGCAAUGAUCUACACACUGGUUUCGUCAGCUAAAGAUUGGCUGUCUGAUUUAUAUGGUCAAGAUGAUGAGAAUGAUGAUACUGAGGACCUUGAGGCAAUCAAAGAUGAUGUAAUUAUACCACAUGGAGAACCAGUCACCGUUGAGACUUUCAUUGCAUGGAGAGAGAGAUUUGAAGCAGAGUUGGCAAUUGAGCGAGCAAAGUUGAUGCCAGAGUCUGUACUAUCCGCUCCGAAAGAGAAUAAGCUUACAGGCAGACAAUGGUUUGAAAGUGGUAAAGGGGUAUGUAGAGGUGCAGCACCUGUCAAUGAAAGGUCCGAGGAGGAAGAUGAAGAAGAUAUCGACUUUGAUGACGACGAUUUUGAUGACGAAGAAGAAGACAUGCUGGAGCACUAUCUGGCCGAGAAAUCCAACUCAUAAUCUCAUCAUUCUUCUUCAAGGAGAGCCAACUAGAUGAACUUAUUAAUGAUGUGUUGUAAUCUAGGCUGUGUUUUAUCAAAACAUAAUGUGAGACUAUAACUUUGCUGCUAAUUUUGAAUUGGAGUGGCGGAUGUGGAUUGGAACCUCUUUCUGCUUUGCAUAUUCGAAGAAUGCGAGAACCGCGAGAGCAGACAGGACAAUUUUGUGAAACUGAAUUUGCAGGUAGACUUUUGUUUCAA